AUGGGGUUGUCUCUGUGCUUACGAGCUCUGAAGGCACAAACAAUCAGCGUCCAACCCGAGGUGACUGGACAUCUCGGGCAGGAUGUCACCCUGCCAUGCCACUUCAUCAAAGCAUCAGCAAAUGACAGUUUUGUUCAGGUUCAGUGGGAUCUGCUGGGAUCAGAGAAAAAGACUAUCAUUGUUUUUGAACCCAAGUCUGGGGUGAACAUCCCUGAUAGUCCUCUGAAAGAGAAGGUGAACCUCACAGAACAGUCGUUGAUAAUUAAAGAUGUUGAACUGAAGAAUGCAGGGUUGUACAUGUGCACCCUUAAAGUCUUCCCCAGUGGUUCAUUUGAGGGAACAACCAAACUCAUUGUUCUAGAAGAGCCGCCGUUAUCAUCAGUUGUUGUGUCUGCUAUAGUGAUUGCUGUCAUACUGCUGGUGGGGAUCAUGGCAGCCAUAACGUACUUCAUCUUCAUCAGAAGGUGUGACUCUUCAGUCAGCCACAGUGUCGUCAUUGACACAGGUGGGACAGCGAUGGAUGUGUCCAAGUCAUCUGGUAUUGAAAGAGCUGAGGACGUGGUCUACUCUGGAGUCAAGGUCAAACCACCCAGAGGUGAGACGACCUCGAGCAAUGACGAACACAGGAUGCCAUCGAAUGCAGACGUGACAUACGCAGAAGUGACGGUUUUGGGUCGGAAGCCGAAAUGAGAGCAAAAAAUAAGAAAUCACUUUUAAAGUUGCUGUAUGUAAGUUACAUUUAUUAUAGUCUUGGUAUCAUUCCACAUAUUCUAAUAUGGAUGAAUGGACCUGUAGUCUUAGUGCCAGCUCAACGACAGCCAUUCUCACCGCUCUGUGAGGUCACGAUUUUCACCAUUUUAGCAUCGAUCAAUUAAUCAAUCAAAACAUUUAAUAACUGGCACGAGACAAACUACAGCUGAGGCUGAUGAGAGUAUAACCUAAACUACAAUGACCCUUCACUUCGCUUCACUAGAUUUCUUGGAAAUCAGUGGCGUAGUUUUUGCAAAAUCCCUCUAAAGAACAAACAAGAAAACAUAACCUUUAUGGAGAAGGUAAUAACACUUUGUCCUGAGAGGCAGCUCGAUGAAAAAUUUGUUAUAGAGGUAACUCCAAUACAUCCUCCUUUAAUGUGUGAACUAGAUCUGAUCACCUGUAGCUGCUGCUGUAUUUCAAUAAAGAGCUUCUGCGUUCUGCGUCCAUCUGCUUCCAGUCAUUUGUGCAGAAAUUGCUUCAUGUCAAUGUUUCUGUGGCUGUUUUCCUUGCUUAAGAAAGUUACAAAAUACGGUUUGCACAGUUGCUGUCAUGGUGGAUACCUGCUUGUGCUUUUUCUCAUAUGCAACUGGCCACUAUAUUUUUGAAGGUGUACAUUGGUCUUUUUCAUGUUGGACACCAUCAGUGAACAUCACUGACUAUGUCUCAUAAUUUCCUGGAAUACAUGUUAUGGAUUUUAAAAUAAAGACAAGAUAAUGACA